AUGACUCUCAGUGCCACCGGCUUCCAGCAGGACAAACAAUGGAACUGGAAGAACUUCUGGACCGUCACUUGGCUGUGCUGGCUGGGACAGUGGGCAUUUGGCUACCCUGCGUCCGUCAUCAGCGUCACCCUUGCUCAACCGUCCUUUCUCAAGUAUAUGAAGUUGGUCGACGAAAGUGGAGUGGCCACUGAAAAGGCCGAAUCUUACAUCGGUGCUACUUCCGGGCUUUUCCAGGCUGGUGCCGUCUUUGGCGUGAUCAUCAACAGCUUCAUUAUGGAUGCUUAUGGCCGCAAAGCUGGGACUUGGUUCUGUGUCGCAUGCAGCAUCAUCGGAGGCGCUGGGUGUGUCGGUGCUGUCCACAUCGGCAUGUUUAUCGCCUUUCGCCUGAUUGCGGGCAUGGGAUCAUGGGCCUUUCUGGCUUUGACGUCCACCUACAGUGCUGAGCUUGCUCCUCCAGCACUCCGUGGCUUCUUCACCGGCCAGAACGGUAUCGGCAUCUCCAUCGGAUAUGCCCUCGCAGCUUAUGUCGGACUGGGCUUUCACGGCGUGGGCGAGACUGCUGCCCAGUGGAGAGGCCCGCUGGGUAUUGCCCUAUUCUUCCCCAUCGUCAUGGGCGCCUACGUGCACUUCUUCGUCCCCGAGUCGCCUCGCUUCCUUUUGCUGAAAGGCCGGGCUGAGGAGGCCAGAGAGAUUGUGCUUGACAUCCAUCGUGUCGACAGUGACCCGGACCAGGAAUAUGCCAGGUCAGAAUUCUAUCAGAUGCAAAAACAAGCCGAAUUUGACCGCGCCAUGGUUCCCACUUACUGGGCCAUGUUCACCAAGAAGUCAUAUCGCAAACGAACCUUGAUCGCCUGCUACUACGCCUUCCUGGGACAAUCGUUAGGUAACCUUGUCAUCAACAACUACGGACCGACGCUGUAUGGAGCUCUCGGCUUUGACACGCUCGCAGAGAUCAAACUUCAUGUCGGCUGGACCACUAUCGGCAUCCCAGCCAAUGCUUUUGCCGCAUGUGUCGUCGACCGCGUGGGUCGCAAACCUCUCAUUAUUUACGGGAUCCUCGGGGCCUGCUCUUGCUUGAUUGUCGAGGCAGCAAUUAUUGCCAAUUUCGCCACGCCAGUGCCCGCCGUCAACCCCAACUCGGCUGCACUCAGAGCCGGCGUCGCAAUGCUUUAUCUCUUCCUGGUGGCAUAUUCUAUCGGCGUCGACUCCACGGCCUUUGUGUAUUUCGGCGAGAUAUUCCCUAACCACCUCCGAGCGAAGGGGGUGGCUCUCGCCAUUGCAACCCUCGGCUUGACGGAUCUGGUCUACACGGAGGUGGCUCCAACGGCCUUUGCUAACGUCGGAUGGAAGUUCUUCUUAUACUUCAUCAUUGCGUCAGCGUUGGGCGCCGCCUUGGCCGCAUGGAUCCUGCCGGAGACCAAGGGAAUUCCUCUGGAAGAAAUGGCCGCAGUAUUCGGCGAUAAGGACGAAGUCAUCGUCUUCUCGGAGAACAUCCAUGUCGACCACAAUACUCAUGAUUUGCUGGUCGAUGUCCAUACCGAGAGGGCUAAGUCGGCUGACGGAGCAGUGACUGGCACUGACAAGGCAAACGAAGAGGGUUCGGAGGUGUACCGAGUGGCUACAGAGGCCGGACACCAAGGCCACCACGUUGAGCACGUUGGGGUGCGAGAAAAGAAAGGCAGCAUGGACGUGUGA